AUGGCUGCCAAGGCUGCUAGUCUUUCUGACUGUUUUGUGGAGGUGGUGGGACCUGCUGAAAUAAAAGUGCUAAGAAUUAUGGCCCAGACGGGUUUCCCAUCCCACCCUUCCCACGGUGAUGGAGAGAUCCAAGAGCAGCUACCACUGGAUCAGUGUCCUUGCAAUGAAAGCAUCCUUGGAGAAAAGCUGAUUGUGGCUAUUGGUGUAGGUGAACUUCAGGUGGGCAUCUCCAAGAAUGGGCAAAUGUGGGAACAUGCCCUCUUCGCCUACACCUUAGGGAUGAAGCAACUAAUAAUUGGAGUAAACAAGAUGGAUUCCACAGAGUCUCCUUACAGCAAUGCCCACUAUCAGGAAAUCAUCAAGGAAGUGAGCACCCACAUCAAGAAGAUUGGCCACAAUCUGGCCACUGUUGCCUUCGUACCCAUCUCUGGCUCCUGGGACAACAUGUUGGAGUCCAGCAGCAAUAUGGCUUGGUUCAAGAGCUGGAGCAUCACCAGGAAAGAGGGCACUGCUUCUGGGACCACCUUGCUGGAAGCUCUGGACUCUAUCAUCCCUCCUUCCCACCCUGUUAGCAAAUCCCUCCGUCCGCCUCUGCAGGGUGUUUAUAAGAUUGGGGAUAUGUACACAACUAGGAAGAAGGAAAGUGUGUUGUCUGUUAGGCUACGCAGGAACGGAAAACGAGGGAGGUUUCCAUAUGGCCUUCAUUUGCCCAGUGCUGGCAUUCAGUACAUACAGGUCAUUUUGCCAUUUGUGACAUGA